AUGGACUGCUACUUCAAAGGCUUAUUGUGGACGGCACUUGUCCUCUCCACACUCCCACUGCUCAGCUGUGAUGGGGUUUGCCCCCCUGCGUGCCAGUGCCUCUAUACUGGUGCUGUGAAAUGCUCCGGCAACAGCAUCACAGAUACACCACAAGGGCUGCCGCUCUAUACGUUCACCCUAAUGCUCAACGAUACAAACAUGACUGUCAUAAAUGAGCGCAGCCUGGCUGAUCGGGACCUCCUGCUGCGCUUCAGUCUGACUCACAGUCAUCUGCACACCAUCCACCCACGGGCCUUCCACGUAGCUCCUCAGCUCAAGUCUGUAAAGCUUUCAAACAAUGACCUCUCAACCCUUCCUGCUCACGUGUUCAGUCCCCUUACCCGUCUGGAGGAAAUUUACUUGGACGGGAACCAUUUGGAGAAAAUUGCUCCGGAUAUGUUCGUGGGGCUGGAAGAGUUGUUGAUUCUGGACCUGACACGCAACAAACUCACUAACCUUACAUCAGACAUUUUUGAGAAACUGACCAAACUCCGUAUUCUGAACCUCGGCAGGAACUACAUUAAGACGUUUCCUCCUACAAUCUUUCAAUUUCUGACUAAUCUUCGCAUGCUCAGGAUCUACAACAAUGAGCUGGAAUCACUGGAAGCUGGGAUUUUUGACAGACUUGUCAACCUGGAAGAGCUAAAUCUUCACCAAAACGAGAUUGCGAGCCUUCCGCCACAAGUCUUCUGGUCCCUGAGGAACCUGAGGACCUUGACCCUGUCUGGCAACCGACUUCAAGCUGUUCCACCCAAGAGCUUCUACAACAUGCCCAAUCUGACCAAACUCACCAUUUACAAAAACCCCUUGUUAUCUCUGCCGGAUGAGCUGAUGGGUCACAUGCCUCUGAUGACAGACCUUUAUCUGUUUGCCACCAACCUCACCACUGUUCCCGGAAAUUUGUUUGCAAACAUGUCCGGACUGCUUCGGCUCAACUUGCAUUUAAAUGAGAAACUGAAGGAAUUACCAUCAGACCUUUUCUGCUGUCUUCCAAACCUUCAGAAACUCUCGCUAAGAAGCAACAACCUCAGCUCUGUUCAACCUCAUAUAUUCUCAAAACUCACCACGCUGGCUAUACUUCUCCUCAAUGACAAUAUCAUGACUGAUCUACCUGAAGACAUCUUUCAGAACCUUACAGGUCUUGUGACCAUUGAUUUGACAAAUAACCAGCUGAAGUCUCUUCCAGGAGAUAUUUUCAUAUCAAACACGGCUUUGAAUAGUCUUGCGCUGAAUGGCAACCCCUGGAAUUGCACCUGUGCUAUCAGACGCAUUGCACGAUGGUUAAAACACAACAGCCAUGUUGUUCUUCACAUAGAGGAUGUAAUGUGUCACAGUCCAAUGUACCAUCUGCUCCGUACUCUCACCUCUCUGCGUGAUGAGGAAUUCAGCUACUGCGAUCCAAAAAGGGUCACAAGUUACUUCCCAACACAAAGAGACUUACAUGAGCCAACGCGACCAAUGCAUGUAAUUGCGACCACUCCACUUGUAAAAUCGACAACCCCAGAAACACAAAGAGACUUACAUGAGCCAACGCGACCAAUGCAUGUAAUUGCAACCACUCCACUUGUAAAAUCGACAACCCCAGAAACAGAAAUACCCUUACUGCCGACUGCUACUGCAGGCCAACCCAAAGAGAAUCAGGCCACUGUGCAUCUUUUUCAUGACAUACUUGUGGUUGAACAAGUCCCCGAGUAUGUUCAUCACAACCAUCACAAGGGCUGGGUGUACGUGUGGUUUCUACCCUCCGACACGGAUCUGGUUGGGUUCCUCAUGUUUUGUUACAUUUUUCUCAUUUGCACAGGCAUGGUGCUCAUUCUUGUUGCCAUAUAUGGCAUGUAUCGCCUCAGUGUCAGCAUCAAUAAGCUGAGGGCUGAGUGUGUAUAUUAGAGUUAACACACUCCGUUAUCAGGCCUGCUGCACACAAGAAGAUAAAAUCCUCUUGCUAAAUGACCGGUGUUUGUGGUUUCCUCAAUGACGUUGACGAGUUACAUUUUCAAGUGCGUCUUUAAGAGAGUCUCACUUGCAACAUGCAAAUUAGAAAAUUAUAAACUUGAAGAUAUUUUACAAGAAUGAAGUUAAUUUAACAUAGUGCAGAGGUAUGCAAGCAUCAAAAAUGUAUGAUAUGGUAUUUAAAGUAGGCAUUUGCCACCAUGUGUUUUUCUUUGUGCAGAUUUUACGAAUUUGUAAUUCGAUAAACUAAGAGACAUUUAUCAAGU